AUGAGGAUCUCUGCCAUCAUCUUGCCCCUAACCCUUCCAAUCGUUGCCGCUCAGUUCGAGAGACCUAUUUUUCCUUCCUUUGGUGGUGGUCAGGGCAAUGGGAACAGCAAUGGAAACUCGAAUGGCUCUUCAAAUGGGCAAGGCAAUGGGAACGGCAAUGGAAAUUCAAAUGGCUCUGGGAAUGGCCAAGGCAAUGGGAACAGCAAUGGAAAUUCAAAUGGCUCUGGGAAUGGCCAAGGCAAUCGAAACGGAAAUGGAAACUCAAAUGGCUCUGGGAAUGGCCAAGGCAAUCGAAACGGAAAUGGAAACUCGAAUGGUGCUGCGAAUGGAGGCUCAAAUGGCUCUGGAAAUGGCCAAGCUAAUGGUGGCGGUGGUCAACCUCCAGGUCAACAGAUUCCGUUGACACAAUGGCGGUCAUAUGAUGGAUCAGAUCGAGGCGAUGGGUUGGGUGAAGCUGAGACAACACUGAUUCGUUUAGCAGGUGAUGAUUUAUCUUAUGUCGACGGUGAUGGAGAAAUGAUUGGUGGACCCAACGCUCGCGAUAUCUCGAAUAUCGUGGUAGCUCAAGAGACAACAUCGACGAACUCCGCCGGUCUUUCUGACAUGCUCUGGUCCUUUGGUCAGUUCUUGGAUCACGACAUCGACUUAACCGAUAGCGGACCAUUUGGCACAGCUCCUGUUCCCAUUACCAAUACAGAAGAUCCCUUCUGGCAGUCCUGUACUGAAAUGGAGUUCUCACGCUCGGUGUUUACUGGGUCUCCACGUCAACAAAUCAACCAGAUCACAUCCUUCAUUGACGGGUCAGUUGUGUAUGGAUCGGAUGAGCCCCGUGCCCUGGAGCUAAGAACCAUGUCAGAUGGAUUGCUCAAAACCAGCGAUGAUGGACAGAUGCUGCCUUUUAAUGAUGGAGGACUGGACAAUGCAGGAGGCACGUCCUCUGACUUCUAUCUUGCUGGGGACAUCAGGGCUAAUGAACAAAUCGGGCUGACUGCCCUGCAUGCUCUGUUUGUCCGAGAACACAAUCGCCUUGCUGCUGAGAUCAAAGGUCGGUAUCCGGGUUCCACUGAUGAGCAGAUUUAUCAACUGGCUCGGAAAUUGGUUGGAGCCACACUCCAGAUCAUCACAUACAAGGAAUUCUUGCCUGCCUUGAUUGGAAACAGAGCACCCAACCCAGAGACCCUUUCAUAUGACGAGGGCACUGAUCCUAGCAUUUCCAAUGAGUUUUCAACAGUGGCUUUCCGCUUUGGGCACACCAUGCUUUCUCCUUCUUUCCAAAUGGUGUCAGAUAGUGGGCAUGAAGGCUCUGUUGACUUGAAGGACAUGUUUUUUAAUCCAGGCUGGUACAAUGGUUCAUCCUAUAAAGUUGACUGGGUACUCAAAGGGUUUAUGGUGCACAUAGCACAAGAGAUUGAUACUCAAAUCAUUGAUGAUGUACGAAAUUUUCUCUUUGGGAGUGAUUGUUUGGACUUGGGCACCUUGAACAUCCAGCGUGGUCGUGAUCAUGGGAUCUUGCACUACAAUGAUGUCCGAGAAUCCAUUGGCCUAAGUCGAAAAGUAAACUUUGCCAAUGUUACAUCUGACAUCGGCUUGCAGGCAAAACUGGAACAAGUGUAUUCUUCUGUUGAUGAGAUAGAUGCCUGGAUUGGGGGGUUGGCAGAAGAUCAUGAAUCAGGGUCAGCGUGUGGUGAAUUGGUAGGCGCGAUCUUGGAGGAUCAAUUCACUCGUCUUAUAACUGGGGAUCCUUUUUUCUGGACAUGGGAUCCUGAUCUACAAAAUGCUCCUGGAUUGAAUGGUUUUUGGGAUCCCAGACAAGUGACCUUGGCGGGAGUCAUUCAGGACAAUACAGUUCAUUCCGACAUAGGCUUUAGAAAGGCCUUUCAGGUUUGUUCUGGAAGGAGAGAGCCUUCCUUCAUGUGUGGUCAGCUGUGGUGA